UUCGAGGAGUGACGUAUUUGUUGUACAUGCGGAGGCAGAGGGCAAAAGGGUAAAUGCAGAGGAAGUGGCGGUCAGGAGUUCUUUCGUUGGCGCGGCAGUUUAUUUUUGCUAAUUGCAAUUAACCAACGAGGAGGAAAAAGACGCCAUUAACGAUAACAGCUUCGAUAAUCAUGCUUUCCAACUCCUCUUUUGUACACACCAGCUAGAGAGAGAGAGAGAUGAAUCUGUUGAUUUCUUUCUUCGGAUUCUUCUCUGUUGCAUUCUGAUUUGGAAUACCCGUCAUCGUCUCCUUCGCCGUCGUGCCUGCAAAUCUCCUUCACUUUGCGUUUGUUUUCGCUUUGUCGAAGCUUCUCUCUUCUUCGCGGAGUUUCGCGCCGUUGGAGGUGUGAAAAGGAAGGUAAGGUAAGGAAUGAAGAUGGGUGUGGAAGAGGAGCAGAUGAAAGGACCAAGAGGUAGUAGAGAGGAGAAGAUUUUUGUCUCUGUUCGUCUGAGGCCACUAAGUGAGAAGGAAAUUGCAAGGAAUGAGGUUUCGGAUUGGGAAUGCAUCAACGGUGUUAGGAUUAUAGACAGGAGUCAUCUUUCAAUAUCUGAUCCACCCGCUUACAUUUUUGACAGAGUGUUUGGCCCUGAAUGCUGUACAAGGCAGGUCUAUGAACAAGGAGCCAAGGAAGUCGCUCUUUCUGUUGUUAGUGGUGUGAAUGUCAGUAUCUUUGCAUAUGGGCAAACAAGCAGUGGAAAGACCUACACUAUGACCGGUAUUACUGACUAUACCAUGGCUGAUAUUUAUGACUACAUUGAGAAGCACAAGGAAAGAGAAUUCAUUCUGAAGUUUUCUGCAAUGGAGAUCUAUAAUGAGUCUGUGAGAGACCUCCUAAGUACGGACAGUACUCCACUAAGACUUCGAGAUGAUCCUGAGAAAGGGACCGUUGUUGAGAAACUCACCGAGGAAACUCUGCAUGAUCUGAAUCACUUUAAGGAGCUUCUAUCUGUCUGCAAAGCUCAAAGACAAAUAGGAGAGACAGCUCUAAAUGAAGUAAGCUCAAGGUCUCAUCAGAUUUUGAGAUUGACAAUUGAAAGUAUGGCGUGUGAGUAUCUAACCAAUGAUAAAUCAAGUACCCUUUCAGCAACGGUGAAUUUCAUUGAUCUCGCCGGUAGUGAACGUGCAUCUCAAUCAUUGUCAGCUGGCACGAGGUUGAAAGAAGGUUCCCAUAUAAAUCGAAGUUUAUUAACACUUGGAACUGUCAUUCGUAAGCUAAGCAAAGAAAAAACGGGGCACAUUCCAUUUAGAGAUUCAAAGAUGACACGCAUUCUUCAGUUAUCAUUGGGAGGGAAUGGCAGAACUGCAAUAAUCUGCACAAUGAGUCCUGCAAAAAUCCAUGUCGAACAAUCCAGGAACACACUGCUAUUCGCAAGCUGUGCUAAGGAGGUCACUACAAAUGCACAAGUCAAUGUUGUCUUGUCUGAUAAAGCUUUGGUAAAACGUCUGCAAAAGGAGUUGGCUAGACUUGAGAACGAGUUGCGAUUGAGAAGUCAUGGCCGAGCUUUUGUUGGGUCUUACGACACUUCUUCUUUGCUGAGGGAGAAGGACCUCCAGAUAGAAAAGCUAAAUAAAAAGGUAUUCGAACUAACACAGCAAUUAGAGCUCACUCGUUCUCAGUUCGAGGAAUUUCAACGAAUGGUAGGUGAAGAAAAACAACUGGCAAAAGAGAUAUCAUCGGCAGAAUCAGUACAGUUUGUGCAGAGAAAUCAAUACCCCAAGUUGCGAGUACGUAAGUCAUGGGAUUUUGAGAACGCAAGACCAGAAAGCCCUGUUUCAGCUCAACCUUCCAGUCUGUCUCCUCAUUCAACAGAGCGCAGUUACGACGAGAAUGUCUUCCAGCUUUCAGAUUUCAGAUCAGAUUCCGGGGCAAGUGGUCCACCUCAGCACAUUUCGUUUGGAACUCCUAGCGAGUUAACUGAUGUUCAACUUCAUAUUCAUGAGACAGAAACUAAAGAACAAUCUGAUGUUCACAAGGAGGAAACUGCAGACCGACCUCAUAAUCAUGAGGAGCAAUUGAUUGAGGUUAAUGACCAACAGCCUGACCGAAAUUCUGAAGACAACUGCAUGGAAGUCCGAUGUAUUGAAAUGGAGGAGUCAGGUAUUAGCAGAUGUCCAGACCCAAAUAACGCAUGUGCACUACCAGUGUUGGAGAGCUUAAGACCGCUAACAGGAGCUGAGGAUGAAGAAAAAGAGCAGCUUGAUGGAGACAUGUCUAGCCUCGGAAAAUACCCGGCAUCUAUUGAGAAACCUUACUCGUGGGUCCAUGGGAGGGAUUCACAAGCAUUCGAAGGCAUGAAGCUGGUGAGGAGCAGAAGUUGCAGAUCAAGUUUGAUGUCGAGCUCUUCCUUCUCUUGGUUUGAAAAAGACGAGAAGAGCAGCGAAAACAUGCCCCCAAGCUGGUAUGAGAAAGAAUUGAUCAGAACAACUGAGAAACCCACCCGGACAAUACCCACUUUACAUUAUAACUUCAGGGAUGAGAAGCCAUUUUCGAAUGAAUUUGGGGGAGGACUGUCUAGUUGGUUUGGGAAAUAUUGGAAUGUAAGAAGACGUGUGAGGGCCCAAACGAUGCCCGGUGCUUCACAGUAUGGCAUAAAUAAUGGAAUAUCAUCAUCAAAUCAAUCGCAGGCUUGGCCCUCUGACUCCUCCAUGCUUGAGCUUCAGAACUACGACACUAGAGCUCCAGACAUAGAGGAGAAAAUUGUGGAAAUGGAGAAUCUUGAGCGAAUGAUUCAUCGUCUGAUGGAGGAGGACGUAGAAAACAAGACGGUGAGAUCAAAGAGUGACAGUUACACAGCGUUGGAUCCAAUACGAGAUUACUUAGAAGUGAGGCAAAUGAAUUGGGAGAUGGAAUUCAAGAAGAUGCAGAGGGAGAUCAUAGAGCUGUGGCAUAUGUGCAACGUCUCGAUGGGACAUAGAACUUACUUCUUCCUUUUAUUCAGAGGAGAUGAAAAAGAUUGUCUGUACAUGGAAGUUGAACUCAGGAGACUCAGUCACAUCAGUGAAUCCUUCCACCAUGGCAGCAAAGCUGUUGAACAAGGGCGAACCCUUAGCCCCACUUCCAGCAGCAUGAGGGCGUUGAACAGAGAGAGGUACAAGCUGAGCCAGCUGAUGGAGAAGAAGCUGACCAAGGAAGAGAGAAGGAAGUUGUUCAUGAGAUGGGGAAUAGGACUCAACACUAAGCACCGGCGGCUCCAGCUGGCACACCGGCUCUGGUCGGAGACCAAAGACAUGGACCACGUCCGUGAGAGCGCCACCGUUGUCGGUAAGCUCCUAGGCUUCGUCGACAUGGACUUGUCCUCCCGGGAGAUGUUCGGUCUCAACUUCUCUCUCAGGCCCCGUCCCAAGAAGAAAUCUAGCCGUUGGAAACGCAGCGUUCUCUCUCUCGCCAUCUUCUAAAUUCUCUCUCUCUCUCUGUCUCUUUGCUAUGAUAUAGAAAUAAUCGUAUCUUGGACUUUAUAUUUCAGAAUUUUAUAUUUGUUUUGUACAAUUUAUUAAGGACAUAAACAUGUCUGAUCAAACAAUAAAAGUCAUUUUU